UAUCAGGGCCGAAUAAUAUUGAAAAACUUUCGUGUCUGUAAAAUUAAAUCGACGAGGAUGGGAUUCGAACCCACGCGUGCAGAGCACAAUGGAUUAGCAGUCCAUCGCCUUAACCACUCGGCCACCUCGUCACAUACCCUGCAAAGCCGGAGAACUUGUACCUUAUCACCAGUUUUAACUUUCGGAUUCAAGAUGGUGGACUCCCAGUACUACCUCCCAAAUGACAUUGGAAUCUCUGCACUCGACUGCAGCGAGGCCUUUCGUUUGCUUUCACCUCAGGAGAAGAUGUAUGCGCACUAUCUGUCACGCGCGGCUUGGUAUGGUGGUCUGGUAGUGCUGCUGCAGACAUCCCCAGAGUCUGCAGACAUCUUUGUCUUGCUACAGAGACUCUUCAGGAAGCAGACGCCUGCACAGCUGGAACAGGUCGCCACAGCAGCUGGGCUCAGCUCUGAGGAGUAUCAGGCCUUUUUGGUGUAUGCAGCAGGUCUGUAUGCAAACAUGGGCAACUACAAGUCUUUUGGAGACACAAAGUUCAUCCCAAAUCUGCCUAAGGACAAGCUGAAAGCUCUGGUUUGGGCCAGCCAGGCCUUUCAGGAGCAGCCUGCUGAGAUGGAGGCUCUGUGGGACAGCUGCUCAUGUCUCCUCUACUCACUGGAAGACAGACAGAAACAGCUGGGGCUGGGUAACCAGGGAAUUACCACCUAUUUCUCAGGAAACUGCUGUCUGGAGGAUGCUGAGCUGGCUCAGAAGUUCCUUGACUCAAAAAAACUGUCUGCCUACAACACGCGUCUGUUUAAGAGGGAAAAUGGAGGGAAAGCCUGCUAUGAGGUCCGCUUGGCUUCAGCUGUGCAAAAAGACUGCGCAGUGGAUGGGGAAUGUGAGUCCUGCUGUGGCAGCUUCAGCUUUGAAGACAAAGAGUUCACUGUGACAAGAGGAGACUACAGUCCUCUCAUGGAGAAAGUCUCCGGUUAUCUUGAAAAAGCACAGGCCUAUGCUGCCAAUGAGAACCAGAGGAAGAUGCUUGAAGAGUACAGACGCAGCUUCACCUUAGGCUCAGUUGAAGCCCACAAAGAGGGCUCGCGCUACUGGAUUAAAGACAAGGGGCCAAUUGUGGAGAGUUAUAUAGGUUUCAUCGAGAGCUACAGAGACCCGUUUGGCUCCAGAGGAGAGUUUGAAGGUUUUGUGGCUGUUGUGAACAAAGCAAUGAGCGAGCGUUUCGCCAAACUGGUGAGUUCAGCAGAAGUCUUGCUUCCUGAGUUGCCUUGGCCCCGGGAGUUUGAGAAGGACACCUUCCUUAAACCAGACUUCACCUCACUGGACGUUCUCACCUUCGCCGGGAGUGGAAUACCAGCUGGCAUUAAUAUCCCCAACUACGAUGACAUCAGACAGUCAGAGGGCUUUAAAAAUGUGUCACUCGGCAACGUGCUUGCUGUAGCCUAUGCAACGCAAAAAGAAAAACUAACCUUCCUGGAAGAGGAAGACAAGGAUUUGUUUAUCAAGUGGAAGGGCCCAUCGUUUGAGGUGCAGGUUGGACUUCAUGAGCUGUUGGGUCACGGAAGUGGCAAGCUGUUCGUGCAGAAUGACAAGGGCAAGUUCAACUUUGACCAAAGUAAGGUGGUCAACCCAGAGACUGGUGAACCGGUGUCCAGCUGGUAUCGGGGCAGCGAGACUUGGGACAGUAAAUUCUCCACGAUUGCGUCUACUUAUGAAGAAUGCCGCGCUGAGUGCGUCGGACUCUAUUUGUGUCUCAACAAACAAGUGCUCAGUAUUUUUGGCCACGAGGGACAGGAUGCAGACGAUGUGGUGUACAUCAACUGGCUCAGCAUGGUCAGAGCUGGACUUCUGGGCCUGGAAUUCUACACACCUGAGAGCAAGAGCUGGAGACAGGCUCACAUGCAGGCCCGAUUCGUCAUCCUACGUGUUCUGCUGGAGGCUGGGGAGGGCCUGGUGGGCCUGGAGGAAGUAACAGGACAGGAUGGCAAGCCUGAUGCACGAAUUACACUGGACCGAAGCAAGAUCCACACUGUGGGCAAGAACGCCAUCCAUAGGUUCCUCUGUAAACUGCAGGUCUUUAAGUCGACGGCAGAUGUGGAAGGAGGCAGGGCGCUCUAUGACCGCUACUCCACCGUCGGCGACACUGGCGCUCACAACUUCUUGCGCCUGCGUGAGACGGUUCUGCUGAGGAAGGAGGAUCGCAAGAUGUUUGUUCAAGCCAACACCAGAAUCAGCGGUGCCAGCGUUGAGCUGGUGGAAUAUGAAGGCAGCGCCGCAGGUUUAAUUCGCUCCUUUACCGAGCGCUUCCAGGACGACGCAGAGCAGCUGGAGUCCAACCUGCUGGAGCUGAACAAACAAGACGCUCCCUGCUGGUGUUGAUGUAUGGAUGGACGAUCUGCUCCAUAAUUUUCAAAACUUACCAACAGAAAUCUGAUUUUUUUUGUUGUUGUUGUUUUACUGUAUGCAAUAGCAGACUGAUUCUUUCUUACAUCAAAUAAAGCCAUAAGAGCAGAUCAGACCAUAUCUGCUACAUACGCCAGCCACAACUUUUCAAGCACCAACUCUGAUUAUUAAAGCACUCUGAUUCAGUGUCAGGUCUGUUUCUGAUGAUAAUUAUCUGAUACAAUAAGUGAGAUGAUUAUUAAUAAAUCGUCGCUCUUGUAGAUGCACUUAGGAAACUUUAUCUUAAUGACAAGAACUCAGUUAAACCAAUGCAUUUAAAAAUGAUUCCUGCAAAAAUAAAUAAAUAAAAAUUGGUUUUACAAAUCUUAACAAGAUCAUCAUUAUUGCAACUUAAAGUGAUUGAAGUGAAUGCUUUUUAUGGUCAACUCUUGGCUAAAGAUUUUAAAGUCUUUACACCUGGUCCUUUAAGUUUACCGUCCAUUUUCGUGUUAAUGAUUUGAGAAGUUUAGACUGUUAACUAAGGCAAAGUAAUACUUAAUGCUAUUUUUGCGAGGUUUGGUAUAAAGGCAUCAUGGAUUAGUGUUGUUGCUCUUUCUGGAGAGCUGAGAAAUCUCUCAAAAUAAGAAUUUUGCUGUUGAAUCUACACAAAUAAA